AUGUCUGCCGACACAUUACCGAUCAAGGUCACAUACUGCGGAGUAUGCACGCUGCCACCAGAAUACUGCGAGUUCGGCGGGACGACGAAGAAGUGUGAGGAAUGGCUAGCGGACGAGCAUCCCGCCAUGCACGAGGUGCUGUACUCGCAAGAGGCGCUCGCGCAGAACCUCUCCUCGCUCUCCGUCGAGGCGCAGAAGCGCGCGGAGAAGGACGCGGUCAAGAAGGCUAACAAGGCGGCGUCGGCGGAGAAGCGCGAGGCGGAGACGCGCGCCUCGUCCAAGAUCAUCAUCAAGCGCAUCGAGCGCAACAAGCGCAAGUACGUCACUGCCGUCUCCGGCCUGGAGGCCUUUGGCCUGGACAUGAAGAAGGUGUCCAAGGACUUUGGCAAGAAGUUUGCGACGGGCGCUAGUGUGACGAAGCUGCCCGGCGGCGGCGAGGAGAUUACCGUCCAGGGCGAUCUGAGCGAGGACAUUGAGGACUUCUUGGUCAAGACGUACAAGGAGGUCCCCGAGGACAACAUCGAGUUGGUCGAGGACAAGAAGAAGUCCAAGGGGGAGAAGGCCGCGGCGAACGUGCCUGCGCAGUGA